AUGGUUCUUCUUCACCUUCCAAGAACUCACAUAUCUCUCUGCAACCAUUUCUCUCUCUUCUCAAAACCCAAAACCCCCACCUUCAACAUCGCCACCACUCUCCACCCAAUCCUCACCUCCAAACUCUUCUCGGCACCCAAAUCGACCCUCUCAGCCUCAGAGCCCAUCCCCAUUUCCCAAUUCCCCGGAACCCACAUCGAAACUCCUCAAGAAUUCGAGACCCCCAUCGAAAUCCAUCCAGAAUUCGAAACUCACAUCGAAAUCCCGCUCGAGAAGCUCUUCGUGCCUCCUGAAACCGAGGUCAAGUACACCGACACCGGUGCUCUGAGCACGAGAAUCUUGAAAGGGUCCAAUAUUCUGCUCAGCAAGUACGCCAGAGACGCUCAGGUGAACCAAGCCGAGUUUGUGAAGAGCAGUGUGAGGACUGAGGAUUGCCCCUCUGACGGUCUCCCUGAGUUUGCUCUCGUGGGUCGCUCCAAUGUCGGGAAGUCCUCUCUGCUCAACUCGCUUGUGCGCCGAAAGAAGCUCGCUUUAACCUCCAAGAAACCUGGGAAAACACAAUGUAUCAAUCAUUUUCGGAUCAAUGAUAGCUGGUACCUGGUGGAUUUGCCAGGCUACGGGUAUGCAGCUGCACCGCAAGAACUUAGAACUGAUUGGGUGAAAUUUACUAAAGACUACUUCCUGAAUAGAUCAACAUUGGUUUCAGUUUUCCUUCUCAUUGAUGCUAGCAUUCCUGCCAAGAAAAUUGAUCUGGAAUAUGCUAGUUGGCUGGGUCAGAAUCAGAUUCCUAUGACUUUGAUAUUCACUAAAUGCGACAAACGGAAGAAGAAAAGGCAUGGAGGAAAAAAAGCAGAAGAAAAUGUGCAGGAUUUCCAGGAGUUAAUAAGUGGCUUCUUUGAGACAGUGCCGCCAUGGAUUAUGACCAGCAGCUUAACCAAUCAGGGUCGUGACGAGAUGCUAUUGCAUAUGGCCCAGCUGCGGAAUUACUGGCUCAAGCACUAG